AGACAAUAUGUAGGUGCAGCAAUUCUUGUCCGACCGAAGAAUACGUGCCAGUUAGCGGCUGGGAUGCCUACAGAAGUAGGGAAUUAGGGAGCAUUGAUACACCCUUCGACCCUUUGAAGGUUUCUCAUAUAUACUGUCUGCCGGCAGUAGAUAUGCAUGUGACUCUGUUACUCUGUUACUCCGGAGCGAUGAGGCCAGACUCACCUUCUCCCCUUUUCCUUCCGAGGCUUGAGUUAAAUCUUGGCAUAUCUCUCAUUUUCUCAGUUAUAGGAUUAUCACUCAAUUUCUUAUACACCUAGUUGCCAGCCAAAAAACAAGGUCUUGUUCACCAUGGCUCGCGAUGAUACAGCCUACUAUAUGCGUCCGGAACAUGUCGUCGCGGCCGCCGUAGCAUUGUCGGUGGUCGACAUUGUUUCUGUUGCAUUGCGAUUCUGGGCUCGAAAGAUCCAAAGGCAACCUCCCAAGGCUGAUGACUGGUUGUUGAUACCCGCUACGGUGGUCACUACAGGAGUUGGUAUCGCUGAAGUUUACGCUGUCUCGAAAAAGGGGCUUGGGUAUCGCAUUGAAGUACCAGAUGGCUAUAAAGGAAGCACUUCCAACCUAGUCACACCGCAGUUGAUACUCAAAUCGCAGAUCGAAUGGGCAUACCUCCUCAUGCUUCCCAUAGCACUGGCGUGUAUGAAGGCGAGCUUCCUGUUCUUCUACAUGCGCGUCUUCGCGAUCCAGAAAAGUAGCGUCAUCAACAAAAUCCUCAUAGGAUUCAUCGUCUUUGUAGCGGCGUGGUGUGUCGCGUUCUUCUUCGCGUUUCUCUUCGAGUGCGGUCACGAUUUCUCGAGGAUCUGGAGUUCUGAGACAGAAUUCCUGACGCGGUGCUCCUAUACCCUCCAUUUAGUUCUUAUACUCUGCAUUACCGACUUCAUCACGGACUUAUUCAUAAUCUUCAUACCUGUUCCAUUGGUUUUAAGAUUGAAUCUGUCUACCUCGAAGAAGAUUAGUGUUUGCUUGAUGUUCCUUCUUGGAGGGGUCACUGUCGUGGUAUCCUUGAUAAGAUUCAUCAUGAUGGCUGGAAGUUUCGUAGGCAAUUUCGAUAUUACCGACGAUAACAUCCUCGGAGUAACGGCUUGCAUGUACUGGGGUAUGGUCGAAUGCGGCGUUGGGGUCUUCGCCGCUUGUCUACCAACGAUCCAGUUCCUCUUUAGGAAAUUGAUAUGGGAACCCGCCGUUAGUUCCAGCAAGAGCUUAUUUAGUUCCAGAUCUUCCCGAUCUUCCCGGGCCUCCGAAUCCAAAGACGCCAUUCAUGUUAGCCAGACUUUCAAUAUCACAUAUGACAAAAUAUAUAGCAUCAGUAGUCGGGGGACAUCGCCGUCAUAUUUGACACAUGCUCCGGGCGACCACGUUACUCGAGAAUCGUACGUCUCAUGCGAUGAUCGCGUUGGGACGGCUAUAUGA